AUGGAGGAAAGACGAAGACGUUUCUCCACUGCUCAGCAGAUUAAUCCAGACACGUUAAAAGUAAUUAAAAAGGCAGCUAAUCGUUUAGAAAGUAUUGCUGACACUAAAGAAGAGCCUGAUAAUAAAGAGCAAGUCUAUGAGAGGAAACAUUCAAUUCAACAAACAGUUACUUCCAAAUUGGGAAGUUUGGCAUUAUUUAAAGACGAAGAUGAAGACGAUAUUUCUACUGCUGGUGGAGGUGCUUCAUUCAUCUCUGCCUAUACAACCCCCGGCCCUAAAGAAAGAGCAACAUGUGCAAAGAAGAAAGCAAAUUUGGGAGUCAUGUUUGGGGUGUAUCUUCCAACAAUUCAGCACAUUCUGGGGGUUACUAUGUUUAUCAGACUGUUUUGGGUUGUCGGAGUUGCCGGUGUUUGGCAUACAAUGUUGCUGUUAUUUUUGUGUUGUACCUGUACUUUACUUACAUGUAUCUCAUUAUCUGCUGUUGCUACAAACGGUGUGGUAGAAGGCGGUGGUGCGUACUUUAUGAUUUCUCGAAAUUUGGGUGCUGAAUUUGGCUUUGCUGUUGGAAUUCUUUUUUAUUUGGCAAAUACAGUUGCUACCUCUAUGUAUUUGGUUGGAGGUGUUGAAGUCUUCCUUCUAUAUAUUUACCCAAGCUUAACAAUUGGUGGGGAAGAGGUUCACUCUGACACUGGAAUGCUUGGAAUGAUGUCUAACAAUUAUAGAAUAUAUGGCACUCUUUUGUUAUUAAUUGAAUGUGUAAUUGUUGCACUUGGAGUUAGAGUAAUUAUUUUAAAAUUUAUUUUUAAAUUAUUUGGACCUCAUUAUUUAUUAAAUGCCCUUUAUAAGAGACCUCAAUUUAAUAUACACAAUUACGAGGGGAGCUGCUUAACAGGGUGGUGUAUCUUCGUCUUUCACCGAAUUUUCGAAUUUUUUGGUGGUUCGCUUUUUACAAUCUUUUUCGCACAUCCAUGCUGCCUAACAUAAUAGAUACCCUCAAAUUUUGGUCUAGGG